CAAAGAACCAAUCUAGACUGACACUAAGCUCAAAAAUGCUUUCAGACAUACUCGAGAAACUGGCUGAUAAAGCAUAAAGCAUACCCUACAGAUGCUGACUUUAGCGAUGUUGCUGAGGCAUUGACAAGCAAGCAUCCCUGCCUAAAGGAACCAGGGUCUUUCAAUGAGAGCUAUGGAUGGAAACAAAGGAUGAAGGUAAAAAUGACCAACUACCGGACUCUACUCAGAGCACACGGAACAUCUGCAGAGCUCGCUGUGAACUCGUUGAAGACCAAGUCUCAAGAAGAGUCCUACCCUGCGAAGAAUUUAAAGAGAGCCAGGCGAGCUGAGGCCAACCAUUUUCCAUCCUUGCCGAUUGGUGAGACUCCAGAAAGCAUGGAGCAAGAGAGAAUUUCCCUUUUGGCAGAACAACAGAAAAGAAACAACCGGCAAUCAAUAAAAGAAAAGAUGGCGAAGACGUUUGGAUACCGAAGACAAGAAAUAGUGCAUCAGAGGCCAAGCAUUGAAGGCCUCUUGGAGCGGUGGCCUGCACUUUUUCACAUGGAAGAGGUAAAUGCUGAGUUCAUGCGCAUAACAACAUUUCCGUUGGAGACAAAGUUCUUGGCGCAGUUGGACAAACACUCCACUAAACUGCUGCAGGUCAUCAGGAGCAGGGGAGGAGUUGUGAAACAGAAGACCACCGGGAUCUUGCAGGUUUUAGAUGAGACUGUGGACAUCACCAUCAGAAGAGAAUGCAUCCUCAAAUCUCUAAUGAUCUACCUGGGUGAACCUGUUCACCAUCUCAUCAAAGAAUUCCAGGAAGCUGAGGCUGGAGAACUGGAGCAGGCAACAAUGGCAAUCUUUGUCAUUGGGAAAGAGGAUCAGUUUCAUCGACCCAAAGACGUCAAGGUUCUCAUCGAAGGAACAGAGGUCCUCAGCGGCUUGCCCUCGGUUGCGACAGCUUUUGCCAUGCUCUUCGGGCUCAUAUACGCACUGAACUUAAGAUAUCCUAAAGAACUGCAAUCCACUUUUGAAGUUGUGCAAAAAGUCCUGAUGGAGCUUGAGGGAAAAAAGAUGAGCCCAAAAGUGAAUAGACUGAGAACCCAGCUGUUCAUCCCAGAGUAGACACUUUGUUGCACUCACUCACUUGCAGUUACCAUUGUUCUUGCAUGGUAAGGUUUGUAAAACCAAGGUUUUAUAAUAAUUAUGCAUUGUAAAUAAUGUGCAAAAAAGUUUUGUAUUCAGAAGUUGCACUUACAGUAUGACCGAUUUUCACUGUAGAAGUUAUGCAUGUCUGCUCAUUUUCAGAGAUUACAUGUCUCACAGGCGCAAGUUGUCAGUGUUGCUUUAAAAAAGUGUGCAGUUGAUUAUCAGGACAAGUCCUUUUUCUAAGAGUUUGAUGUUUGGAAGCGGCACAUAUUACUGCAUUUUAACUGUGGUACUUAUUAACAUGUCUGCUUAAGAUCAGGUAAUGGCUGCUUUAGAGGCCAAAGCUGGUUGUGUGUGGCACUACCUGAUCUGCAUCCCUGCCCGAUCUGCAUUG